GGAUCAUUCGCCCCGCCCACCAUACCUAAUACCCCACAGUACCGCAAACGCAGACAGAGAAAGGUCUGUUCAUUAAGCCGCAUCACUCUGUAGUCCAAAACAACUGAAAGUCUAGCCAUGUAUUUAACUGAAAAGAACCAUUUUUAUGCCAUUGACAAAUGGUUAAACUCUGCAGUGGAUAAACUAUUUGGAGAGAGAGAUCCAAGAGUACGAGGUUGGCUGUUGCUGGACUCCUGCACGCCCACUCUGGUCCUCACCUUCAUCUACCUCCUGAUAGUCUACUUGGGACCAAAGUACAUGAAAAACAGGAUGGCGUACUCUCUGAAGAAUGUAUUGCUAUUGUACAACUGUAGUGUCACUAUGCUGUCCUUCUAUAUGCUCGUGGAGCUUAUUUCAGCAACCUGGUCGGCAGGAUACAAACUGAAAUGUCAAGGGCUGUUUGAAUCAGGGGAGGGUGACAUCAGGGUAGCAAAAGUGUUGUGGUGGUACUACUUCUCUAAGCUGAUUGAGUUUCUUGACACCAUCUUCUUCAUACUAAGAAAGAAGAACAAUCAGAUUACCUUCUUGCAUGUGUAUCACCAUGCCUCCAUGUUUAACAUCUGGUGGUGCGUUCUCAACUGGAUCCCCUGUGGACAGAGUUUCUUUGGACCCACUCUGAACAGCUUCAUACAUGUGCUAAUGUAUUCAUACUACAGCUUGUCCACCAUUCCCUCUAUGCAUAAGUACUUGUGGUGGAAACGAUAUCUUACACAGGCCCAGCUGGUACAGUUUAUAUUAACUAUUACACAUACAUUAAGUGCAUUGAUUUUCCCCUGUGGAUUUCCUCUGGGCUGCCUAUUUUUUCAGUCCAGCUACAUGGUUACACUUGUUAUCUUGUUCAUCAACUUUUACAUGCAGACAUACAGAAAAAAGCCAGCCAGAGAUGAUAAAGCUAGAGAGAUGAUGAGAAACCUGAAUGGCAUCUCAUCCUGUGUUAAUGGUGCCAAACAUAAGCUGCACUGAUGACAAAUAAUGCCUCUUCAAAAUAAUAUUUCAUGAUGACUAAUCAAAUAGCAGGGAUAAUCCUCUUCAAUUGUAAUAACUGUUUCUUGUGCAUUUUAUAUGGAGUAAGAUUUCGAACCUUUUGUUUUUGUUUGUUCCUACCAAUCUUCGACAUUUUUAAGAACUUUAGGGCUUCACUGUAUCUCUGUAUAAAAUUGGUAGACUCAAUUUGGCAUUCAUUUCAAUAAUACAUUGAGACCCAGCUACAUCACAUUAUCAGUUGUCAUUUAAAAGUACAUUUUAGUCUUUAGUUCAUGAUUUAUUACUAUUUGGUGUUUAUAUACAAAAAACAAUUCACAAAAUUAUUGCCAGCAUUUUAAUAUUUGUUUGCCACAAUAAUAUAGUGAAUAGUAAUGUUAAACAAAGACCUAGGGCACUACAUUGAGUUAAUGUCCAUUAUUAUUAUAUUAUUACAUAAGAAAAAGUUGCUUUUUAGGUAGUUUUACUUUUCUUGUUUAUCUUGUGCUGUUGCUGUUGCUGGAAAUGUGAUUUGUCCUAAAACAAAAUUAGAUAAAAUAUAUUCUCUAUUCCAGCAACUUGUACAGAAGCUUGGAUGCCAUGUUGUGAAAGGAGCAUAAUUAUUUGACCAUUUGCCAGAAAAAAUACAGUGCCUUGCAGAAGUAAUCAACAUGUCUGAUACUGAUUUUCAAUUUAUGUCCUCUUACCAAUUCAUAAGUUUAUCAGUUUUAUAAGUCAGUGGCGAAGAUGGCAAAGAAAAGCUCCCUGAGAACCAGACUCAAAAUGAAACUAAUCCUCGUUUGGGUUGACACUGAUGUCCAUGCAUUAUACUUUAAUCAUUGUUGACAUUACCAGCUGUUUACAGAUAGACAAUUGAGUGCAAAACUUUUCGCAGCAAUUAUAGUCUUAAGCAAUUGUAACAUUGUUUUAUUUGAAUCAUGCAUUUGUCAAUUGUAUAAUAAAUUCCUAUAUUAUGUUAUUUGGAAA